ACUGAGCAUUUGAUCCCUCGAUUCUCCUAGUCCACAUGGCCAUUCUGCCACUUUCUAAAGAGCCCUUUCGCUAUGAGGUCUCCAGACGUUCACAGUUCCGGCUCAUUCCCCGCUAAUGUGCUCUAGAAACAAAACCAAGAACCCUGGUUCCUUUUGCGAAAAGCAGAUCUCCAACCUGGCCAGCCCCUCCCAUCGCUCUCCAGAACCGGGGAGUAAUUGUUGCCUUGGCCAGACUCAGCGCAGCCAUUCUUGAUGACACAGAAACUUGCUCAAAAAGCAACUGUAUAAGCGGGUUUCAAUAUGGGGGUUCUCUUUAAGAGUGACACCAGUGGCCCCAUUGCCCUCCUUCCGGCUCCAAACAUCGCGGAGCCGCUCCAAACCCGGAAACAUUACCAAGACCCCUAGAUUAACUAGCCACUUUCGCAAACCCCAUAACCCGCCGUAAAGACGUCCCGGAAACCUUCUCAAAUCCCGCCCGGUCCCGUUUCUUCUUCUCGAAUGAUGAUACUACCGGUACACUCCAUCCUCCGUGCCAUACCAUCCUCCCCUUAAGAGUCUCUGCCUCGCUGGCUGCCGUUUACCUACAUCUGCUCUCAUCAUCUACCAUACAGUCCGCCGACUUCUUUUUACGUUGUUCUUCACAUUAUCCUCGGUCCAUCUCGCAAGAUCUAGCAUUCUUUGCUCCCGGGAAGCUCAUGACCUCGAUGUUGUACUGAGACCGGCACUUCAACGGCACUUAUAAUUACAUUCACCAUCUCAACCACAUGCACACACGCAUCUCUUUCGAAGUAGAUUACCUCCAGAAAACCGAAGUAUCAAGACGGCGCUGAGCGCUGUCGAAAGAUACAACCCGACCCUCGGUCGACUCUCACAUCUGGUCUUCUCACAGCACCUCCAAGAACACCAUGGAUUCUCAACUCAAAUCUCAAGUGGCGGCCCGCCACAUCCAGAACUUGAGCGAUGCCACUACGAUAGAGCCUCACUGGGGCUACGUGGAUCGGGCCCUUCCAUGUACCAACGACGCCGGGUCCUGCGCCUAUCUGGAUGUUGUCUACGCCUCUCAUGAUUUGGGCAUGCUAUACGUUGGUAUUUUGUGGGCGGUUAUUGGCGCCAUCUUAUUGUUAUGGGCCGUUGGUCGACGGUCAUUGCCGUCUCUCUCCGAGGAGGAUGUCCUUCGAGCUGCUCUCCUCGAGGAUACAAGAGCAAGCAAGAGCUUUCUCAACCGCCUUCGUCAGACUGCCUCGUCCGCAAUCAACCGAUACCUCCUCCCCGACUGCGUCCGUCCCAUCUUCGGUAGAACAACCCGCCUGCAGGUACUGAUCUUGGCCGUUUUGUCCGGUUAUCUCUUGAUCUUCUCCUUUGUUGGUAUCGUCUACAACACAUGGAUCACCCCCGUCAAGAAGAUGCCAGGCGUCUACAAUACGAGAGUCAGUCUCGGUCCCUGGUCUGAUCGUAUCGGAACACUUGCCUACGCCCUUACACCUUUGUCUGUCCUCUUCUCGACACGAGAGUCAAUCCUCUCCCUUCUCACCGGCAUCCCCUAUCAAAACUUCAACUUUCUUCACCGCUGGGUUGGCUACAUUAUCGUUGUCCAGUCCAGUCUGCAUACCGUCGGCUGGCUUGUGAUCGAGGUCCGUCUAUAUCAGCCUCAGCCCACGGUGGCCAACGAAUGGAUCUCCCAGCUCUACAUGAUAUGGGGCUGCAUCGCCUUGUUCUUCCUCAUGGCCCUAUAUAUCCUCAGCUUGCCCCCGGUCAUUCGUCUGACCGGCUACGAAUUCUUUCGCAAGUCGCACUACGUGCUUGCCAUGUUAUACAUUGGCGCUUGCAUUGGUCACUGGAAGAACCUGGAGUGUUUCAUGAUUCCAGCUCUUGUCAUCUGGUUCAUGGACCGCUUCGCCCGUGGUGUAAGAACUGCGCUGAUGCAUCACAACUUCAUUGAAGGCAAGGGCAUGGGCUUCUCUGCUGCGCAGGCGGCUAUGACAGUAUUCCCCGAUCCUGAGAAUGGCGACGUUGUCCGACUCGACUUCAGUCACCCCCACGAUGCCUGGAAGAUUGGCCAGCACUUCUACUUGUGCUUCAGCGAGAGUAGCAUCUGGCAAUCACAUCCCUUCACGCCCCUCAACGCCCCUGUUACUGUGAGCGGGAAAACAAAACAUUCCUACAUUUUCCGCGCCAAGGGUGGUGAGACGAAGAAGGUUGCUCAGAUUGCUGCACGCAAGCUCGCUGCCGGUCCUGUUGAAAAGGCUAACGCCGGCCCAACUACUCCCGUUGUCUUGACUGGACCUUACGGCGACCCAAUUCUGAGAAAUAUCACCUCGGACGUCAAUAUUCUGUGCGUUGCUGGUGGUACCGGUAUCACCUACGUUCUCCCUGUUUUGAUGAGUCUGAAGAAGCACUCUGGGGCAUCUCGAAAGCUCGAAUUAGUCUGGGUUGUGAGACAUACAAACGACGUAGCUUGGGUGCAACCCGAGCUUGAUGCUUUGGAAGCUGAGCAAGGCCCGAAGGUGGUGGUUCGUAUCUUUGCCACACGCGACUCCGGCAAUGCCUCCUCUCGCUCCGGAGAUACCGGGGACAUCUCAGAGUCGGAAUCUUCGUCUGAUACUGGCAAUAGUUCGGGUGAGAAGCAAGUGCAGGUAUCAGCUCGGGCGAUAGACCAGUCAGGCGUCAACAACACCCGCCGCCAUCCCGAACUGGCAACAGUUGUCCGAGAAUUUGUCGAUGCCACCGUCGAUGGGCGAACGGCGGUGUUUGCAAGUGGCCCUGGCGGACUGAUGUCCGACAUGCGACAGGCGGUGGCCCAGUGCAACUCGGUGGGCAAGGUAUGGAGUGGCGAAGAGCGGUAUAACGUGUCACUCAUCCAUGACGAGCGUAUGGAGCGAUGAUCACAACAUAAAAGCCGAGUACGAGGCCGAGGUUAUUGUUGAUUUUGGUUUGAAAUGCAUUUGAAGCCUUAUGAGUUACUAUAUACCCUAGAUAGGCUGUUUCCCAGCUUUUACCCAAAUACAUAAACAUUUAUCAUAAUACUACUACACGUUAAAAUACUAGUAAAAUAGUUAGAAAAGGUCGUAGAUUCUAUAAAAUGCC